ACUGAAUCGGCUGGCAGCCGAGUGUGAAGCGGCUGGGAUGAUGAUGACCACCGCUGAAUCUGAGGCCAUGACUCUUAGCAGGAAACCAGUGGAUUUCCUACUCCGGGUAGGAAAUGAGUCCUGAGCCCAAGUGAAGGAGUUCAAAUAUCUCGUCUUGUUCACGAGUGAGGGUACGUGUGAGUGAUGGAGCGUGAGAUUGGCCGGAGAAACGGAGCAGCGGAGGCGGUAUUGCGUUCGCUUUAUGGAUGAUGAUCGAAAGAACGAGAUUGACGAGAUUGAUUAUAUUAUAGAUAAUAAGGAACUGCCACUCUCGAUUUUGUCCAACCAGAAAUCCCAUCUGUUUAUACUGAGAUCCCUCCAAUCAACACAUUUGACAAGGGCUUGUAACAGGCCUGUGGCUGCCACCAGCAAUUUUGUUGAAAGAUACUUUCAACAAGCAUAACAAAAAAUGCUUCUAAAAUAAAUGUUCUACCCUAGCUCGGGAAGAAGUCACACAAGUGCACAUGACAUCAUCCCCAGUGUAGGCAUUGUCACCAUGCCUACAGUGGUGUUGAUGUCAAAUGAUCGCAUCACCUGCCGGUCAAUGGAAAAGGGACCUGAUAUAUUGGGAGACUUGGCAAGCAAACACUCAGAGCAUCCCUGGGUUUACGAGAAUAAUCACCACUAUACUAUCCACUCUGUACUCAGAAGAAAUGUAUGUGGAAGGUAUUUAUUUUCUUCCUUUUACGUACUUAACAUAGAGUGGCUACAGGAUUGUUUGGGGACCAUUUUGUUGUCGUCUUAUUGGUCCUUUGUUACACUGUCCUUAAUGACCUUCCGGUAUUUAGCUGUGAUGCAGAGUGCAGGACAUUUAAGGGUCAAUGUUAGUGGUAGCGUGGAGUAUCAAGCCUCACAGGAGAUGAUUGUGUUCUGCACUUUAUCUGUGGGGAUAAGCUGUACUUUUCUCUACAUAAACUGUGUUCUGUUGUACAUCUUGAGGAGCAAGCCAGUUUUUUGUGAGACUUCCCGUCACAUUCUGUUAUUUAACCUUCUCUUCGCAGAUACUGCCUUUCUUUUGACAAGUUUUUUGCUCUACUUACUUGCUGUUUUCAGGUUGAGGCUGAAAUUUGAUGUUUGUGGUUUGCUUGUAAGCUUUGGUGUUCUCGUAGACAUCGUCUCACCUCUUACUCUGGCAGUGAUGUCCCUUGAGAGAUAUGUGGCUGUGUGCUUUCCUAUGAGACAUGCAAACCUUGUCACCGGCAGAAACACAGGAGCAGCCAUCGCUGUUGUGUGGACCAUAUCUGGUGGCAAUGCUCUAAUACGAGGGUUAAUACUAGUUGGUUGGAAAAAAUAUUUUGAUUUAAAUGUGGAAAUGAAAGACUUCUGCUCGAAAGAGGCACUGUUUGUGGCACCGAUGUCCAGUGCAAUGGAUAAAGCAUUUUGUGCUGUUGUGUUUGCAUUCGGGGGAAUGGUAGCUAUUCUUUCCUACGUUGGUGUGACGUUGGUAGCCAGGUCAGCCUCAACAGACAAAGCCUCUGCUGGCAAGGCUGGAAAAACUGUUUUACUUCAUAUGAUUCAGUUGGUGCUGAUCCUCAUCGCUACCAUCUACUCUAGUAUUCUCCUAAGCCUUGCUAGAAUAGUGGACAGAACCACUUUGAUUCGUCUCUACAACAGUUUUUUUGUGGUUUUGAAUCUAUUAUCCAGGUGUUUCACUGCUCUUAUCUAUGGGCUCAGAGACCAAACGAUCAGACCUCUCCUCUUGAAAGGGCUCUGUGGUCAUCAUGAAUGCUUGGCCCCCACAAAUCUGUUGAUGUCAAAACAACCAUGUAAUCUCAAUCACCUUGUCUUCACUUCUUAACCCGUUUUCUUAUGUAACCAAAUAGUUAGGUGUAGUCAGGUUAAUUCCAAUUUUCAUUAGAUCAGCUAAUGAUGGCCAGAUCAUGUUACCAAGUCCAAAAUCAAAUACUUUAAAGAGAACAGCUAUUUAUCGUGAAACCAAUCAUCAUUGGAAUAAUUACCCACUGAAUAUACGUAAAUUGAAUAGCAAAGUAUCUUUUAAGCACCAUUUGAGAAUGCACUAUUUAAAUAUUUACUACAUCACUAUAGCAUUCAUACACUGUAUGAAUGCUAUAGUGAUUGUAUGACCCAUGAAUGUAUAACUUUUUCUGAAUAAUAUCUGAUGAUGUUUAUAAUGAUUUACUGCUUUUCGAUUAUCAUUGUUAACUGAAUUACGAUUUGUGUCCUGUGUAUUGCUAUGUUUUUUGUCAUUCUGUGUGGACCCCAGGAAGACUAGCUUGCCCUACUUUGGUGACAGCUAAUGGGGAUCCUUUUAAAC